GAGCCGGGAGAGAGAGAACUCUGUUACUCACUCCGUCUCCAACUUUCAGAGGAAGUUACCACCUCUUCCCCAGACCCUGUACACAUACUCAGGCAGACACACACUCUCUUCAGGACUUGACCACAGCAGCAACAGAGCAACAGUCAAGGCUGCUUGUAAUGCUCUGCUAUUUUUUUUUUUUUUUUCAAAGUUUGGAGGGAAAGAAGACUAAGAUUUACAGUUUGUUGAAGCUUUCUGUGUGGACUGAACAGCUUCUCUCAUGAGUGACGGGGUGGCCAAAUGAACUAUUUAGCCUGAAGACCAAAGAUCACAAGCUGUGAUCCAACAGCAAGGGAGAGAAGAGUUUAGAGGAGUCUGAUAAUUUUGCAUCUGUUCUCCAACUUCUCUGAACAAUAUGAGCUGGAAGUGAAGCCCCAUAGUUUUAUUUUGUGGUGUAUAGAAAAACCAAACUAAGUCACCAUGGAUGUGAAGAAAAAGGAAAUGGACCUCCUAAGUAACAGCAUAGCUGCCUAUGCACACAUCAAAGCAAAUCCAGAAAGCUUUGGCCUUUACUUUGUGCUUGGAGUGUGUUUUGGCUUGAUACUCACACUCUGCCUACUCAUUAUUCGGAUCUCCUGUAAGCCACGCACCAACAUUGCCCCCUCCACUCCUGAGAAAAAACACUUGAAGGACAUCAACGAGGAGGAUGAGGAGAGUGAUGACGAUGAUGACGAUGAAGAAGUGGACGAUGUAGAGGCAACCGUCCCGUUGCCCUCCACAGAAAUCUCUGUUGGAAAUCACACCAGCCAGUCAGACGGGACACUGAGCGUGAAUGUGUUUACUUCAGCCGAGGAGCUGGAGCGCGCACAGCGACUGGAGGAGAGGGAACGCAUCAUCCGUGAGAUCUGGAGAAAUGGCCAGCCUGAUAUCCUGGGGUCAGGAACAGGAACUAUUGGAAGAGUGCAUUACUACUAAGAAAUAUGAGGCCGCAAGGGAAACAGUGUGAGCCCUGUGAAGGUGAAACAUAGACUCUGGGGUGGGCCUGGUAUCCCUGAAGCCUGAGAGCCUGCAUUAGAUACAAAGUGACUGAAAAAUAGUGAUGACAUCACAUCUGAUAAUACUUAGCUCUGACAGAGCAGACUUAUGAGAUACUGCACUUCUUAUGUAGCAAUGAUAAAUUCGACUGAUUACAUGAAACCAACAGAGGUCUUAAAGACUGAAUAAUUCAUAUGGAAACGGUGUGGAGUGGAUGUGGGGGAUGAUGGACACUUGAAGUAAUCGGUCUAUUCAAAUGUUUGUUGCUUAACUGCAGAAAUGAAAACCAUAUUUGCAUAUGUCAUAAAUGAAAAAUGAAAGCAUUAAUAAGGACAGAGAACUGUUUGUUGCAAUAAAGAUUAUUUCCAGUAACAAUUCUUAUCAGCCUCAAAAUGAAACCACUUACCUAAUAUUGUGGCUGUUCCUCCUUUACCGCUAAAACAACUGUGACAUGUGGAUGAAUAGAUAUUAGAUCUCUAAGGGUUCCUGGGGUGUGUUCAGUGGGGAUGGCUGUGGAGUGGGGUAGUACAUUUCAAAGUACAAUCCACAUGGAUGUCAGACCUCCAGGUUUUUCCAGAAGAACACUGGAUUGUAACAUGAUAUUCAGUGCUAUGCCCCUUCACAGUAUGAGUACACAAAUGCAGUAUCAUGUAAAAACAACUGGUGCCUUGUGUUUUCAGGGAUGAUUCCAGUGAAGGAAAUUACUUAAAGUAUAUGGCUGAAUAAUUUUACUGCUGUUUUUUUUUUUUUCUUUAAACAAACACAGUACCUUUGGGCCUUGGCUAUAUAAUCAAGAUAAUUGAAAGAAAGAAAGAAAGAAAGAAAGAAAGAAAGAAAGAAAGAAAGAAAGAAAGAAAGAAAGAAAGAAAGAAAGAAAGAAAGAAAGAAAGAAAGAAAGAAAGAAAGAAAGAAAGAAAGAAAGAAAGAAAGAAAGAAAGAAAGAAAGAAUAAUUUGUCUAGCUUGAUUAAUGAAAAGGUCACCCUUUGCCACUUUCAUUUCUCAGUAUCUCUUAUGUGCCUUAAACGUUAAAGAAAUACAGUGUGAAAAUAAAAUGAUUUCAUCACAAACAAUCUUGUGAUGUUUGCUGCUUUUUAAAACCUGGUGUAAUCAGAUCUGUGAAGGAUUCAGAAACUGGGACUAAAGAAAGAAAGGUGGGAGAAAGGCCCCUCACAUUGUUGCUUGCAGCACGGUUCUUGUUGCUGCUGACUGUUCACCUCGGUUCUUGGUCAUAUCUGGUGUCCACCACUUUAACCACUUUUCGUUCACCUGCUGAUGAAAGCUGGGAACUAGAACACCUCAGUGCUUCACUCCACAAAGCCAAGUAACCUACUAGCUGCUUAUUCUAACUCAUGCUAACUUUGCUACCUUUACUCCAAGGUUGGAAUAAAGCUCUUGUUCAGGUGCUCCAUGAGCAGACAUAAAUUUGUUAGA